UCUCUUUUUUUAUCACUCGUUUGCUAUAAAUAGGUGGAGGAGGACAGACACUCUUCACCCCAAAAUUAAAAGAAAGACAAGGUACUAGUAAUCAAUUAUCCAUCAUGGCUGUUCACAAGGAAGUUAAUUUUGUUGCUUACCUACUAAUUGUUCUUGGAAUGUUUCUACAUGUUGAUGCCAAGGCUUGUACUAAAGAAUGUGGUAAUCUUGGGUUUGGGAUUUGCCCACGUUCAGAAGGAAGUCCGCUAAAUCCCAUAUGCAUCAAUUGUUGCUCAGGCUAUAAGGGUUGUAAUUAUUAUAAUUCUUUCGGAAAAUUUAUUUGUGAAGGAGAAUCUGACCCAAAAAGGCCAAAUGCUUGCACCCUAAAUUGUGAUCCAAAUAUUGCCUAUUCAAGAUGUCCCCGUUCACAAGGAAAAUCGUUAAUUUAUCCCACCGGAUGUACCACAUGUUGCACAGGGUACAAGGGUUGUUACUAUUUUGGUAAAAAUGGCAAGUUUGUAUGUGAAGGAGAGAGUGAUGAACCCAAGGCAAAUAUGUACCCUGCAAUGUGACUCUAGACUUGUCCAUCUUCUGGAUUGUCCAAAAUUAAUUAAUUAGUGUGUGAAAUAAAAGGAUGCACACAUAUAUAAUGACAUGCUAAUCAUUAUAAUGUGGGCAUUAAAGUUGUGUGUUAUGUGUAAUUACUAAUUAUCUGAAUAAGAGAAAUAGAUUCUUAUCCUAAAAAUGAA